AUGGAUCGGGCAAGCCUGAUCCAGGCUAUCUUCACGAUUCUUGAUCAAGCAAAGACUGGGGCUUUGGAUGCAGCACAGGUGAGAGCAUACGCAGAGCAAACAGGAUUUGAUGGCACUGACGCAGACUGGGAAGAACAAUUUGCAGCUAUGUGUGAGCAUUUCGGCUGGUCGCAGAGUAGUGGCAUCACACGAAUCCAGUUCAACGAGCUAAUCGAGGAUGAUGACGAGACAGAUGAUGAUGAGCUUCGACAGGCCCUGCUACACUUGCAGAUGCAAGUCGGCAAGAGCAGCAGGCCGUCCGUCGUGGGAUCGUCAUGGCAGCGAAGAAGCCUGCUGCAUUUGCCCAACGUGGACAGCACGAAGAACAUGUCACGGUCGGAGAUGACAUCCAACAUUUUUUCGCUUCUCGACACGUCUGGAAGUUCGAGGCUUUUAUCAGCACAGCUCAGACAAUUUGCAGAGGCGAGCGGCUUCGAAGGUGAUGCUGAUGAGUGGGCUAGCCAGUUCAACUCCAUGUGUGAACACUUCGGCUGCAACCCUGCUGAUGGUGUCUCCCAGCCCGAGUUUCUAGAGUUCAUUGGUGAUGAAGUUGAACACAGCGAUGAAGAACUCCGCCGUGUGCUAGUCAGUUUGCAGGCACAACGUCGGCAGUCAACGCGCCACUCGGUCUCUAGCAGUUCUUGGGGCCGUAGAAGUUUCGUGCAAUCGCUGAGAGGAUCAGAUGCUGCAGGCAUGGAUCGGGCAAGCCUGAUCCAGGCCAUCUUCACGAUCCUUGAUCGAGCAAAGACUGGGGCUUUGGAUGCAGCACAGGUGAGAGCAUAUGCAGAGCAAACAGGAUUUGAUGGCACUGACGCAGACUGGGAAGAACAAUUUGCAGCUAUGUGU